CCCCGUAUUAAACGCCCCUCGCUCCUCGCUCCACGCCCACCACACCGCAGCACGCACGCACCGCGCGCCUCCUGCCCGCCUCCGUCCUGUGAUCCCGCCGCCGCCGCCGAGCCAACCUUCUCCUGCUCGGAGCCCACCACCUCGUCCUGGAGCGCGGAGUCAUGGGCACGGUUGUGGAUGCUCCUGCAGCUGUGACUCAGAAGGAGGAGGUUGCUGAGAACAUGUUGGGUAACAAGAAAGUUACAGUUGUAUUUGUCCUGGGUGGUCCUGGGAGUGGAAAGGGCACACAGUGUUCCAACAUUGUUGAACAUUUUGGAUUCACCCAUCUUAGUGCUGGAGACCUUUUGCGUGCAGAGAUCAAGUCUGGCUCUGAGAACGGAACUAUGAUUGAGAACAUGAUAAAGGAGGGAAAGAUUGUUCCAUCGGAGGUAACUAUAAAGCUCUUGCAGCAAGCCAUGAUAAACAAUGAGAAUGAUAAGUUCCUAAUCGAUGGGUUUCCAAGGAAUGAAGAGAAUCGUGCUGCAUUCGAGAAUGUUACAAAAAUUUCCCCUGCAUUUGUGCUAUUCUUCAAUUGUUCUGAGGAAGAAAUGGAAAGGCGGCUUUUGGGGCGCAAUGAGGGAAGAGUUGAUGACAACAUAGAGACUAUCAGGAAAAGAUUCAAAGUUUUUGUUGAGUCUAGUUUGCCUGUAAUUGAGUACUAUGACGCGAAGGAGAAGGUUAAAAAGAUUGAUGCUGCAAAGCCAAUUCCUGAGGUGUUUGAAGAUGUUAAAGCCAUUUUUGCCCCAUAUGCCAAGGCUGCGUAGAACAGUGUAAAGGACCAAAAAGGUUAUAAGGGAAUGAUUUCAUGAAAGGUUUUGCUCAAGUGUGACUACAUAUCUGUGAUUACAAACCCUUAAUAUAGAUCAGAAUUAUCAGUAGGCAAUUCGAUUUGUUACAAGCAAUAAGUAGAUCCAAUUCCGCUGUUCUCGCUAGAGUUUUUUAUUUACCAUUGUUGGAUUGUACUUGUAUUGUACUACCAUUGUGUAAUUUACUGCAUGGAUGAAUCAAGACCUUGUACCAGCUAUCUGGUUAUAUUACAUACAGUCAAACUGCUUUCACAUUAUUUGUAAGCGAUCGGUUAUUCUUGUCAAAGAAGCACAGUUCUACUUA